GGUCCUGGUCCCAUUUUCCACCAUCUCUCAAAUGGUCUUCGUUUUUUCCGUUUCCUUUCAUUCGAUAAUUCAUCUUUUUUCUUAAUUUUCAUUUUUAAAAAAACUUCAGUAUAAUUUCUCCACAAUUAUCAUUGUUUUUUUUUUUGUUGAGAAUUUUAUCUCCUUGAUCUAUCCACUCCUGGUUUGAGAGAGAAGAGAAAUGGCGCAUAGAGUAGAUCACGAGUACGAUUACCUUUUCAAGAUCGUGUUAAUCGGCGAUUCUGGAGUUGGAAAGUCGAAUAUUCUCUCUAGGUUCACAAGGAAUGAGUUCUGUUUGGAUUCUAAAUCCACUAUCGGCGUCGAGUUCGCUACCAGAACCCUCCAGGUUUAUCAUAGUAUCAAUCAACUCAUCUUUCAUUCAUCUUCAUGUUGAGGGGAAGACUGUUAAGGCCCAGAUUUGGGAUACGGCAGGUCAAGAGAGAUAUCGAGCUAUCACUAGUGCUUACUAUAGAGGAGCUGUUGGCGCUCUUCUUGUCUAUGACAUAACUAAGAGGCAAACCUUUGAUAAUGUUCAAAGGUGGUUGCGGGAGUUGAGGGACCAUGCAGAUUCUAACAUUGUCAUCAUGAUGGCUGGAAACAAAUCCGACUUGACUCAUCUCAGAGCGGUUUCUGAGGAGGAUGGUCAAGCUCUGGCUGAGAGGGAAGGCCUUUCAUUUCUUGAGAUGUCGGCGCUGGAAGCAACCAACAUCGAGAAGGCAUUCCAAACUGUAUUGAAUGAGAUCUACCAUAUCAUUAGCAAAAAAGCAUUGGCAGCCCAAGAAGCAGCCGCUAGUACGUCGGUUCCGAGCCAAGGAACCACCAUUAAUGUCACGGAUGCGUCAGGGAGCACUAAGAAAGUAUGCUGUUCUACAUAAAAAAAAAAAAAGAAAAGAAAAGGGAAGUGAAAAAUAUUUACUAGCAAGCAGGCCUUUUUUUUUUUUUAUUAAUAUUUUUAUUAUCAUCUUUUGGCUGAGAGAAGAAGCAUGUAGAAUACAUAGCUUUUGUUUCAAAACAACCAUGUUGUCUGGUAGUAGCCUGGAAAUGCCGGCUUAUACACUAUGCUCUUUUUCUCAACAUGUACUCUCCUCAAAAGUGGAAGUUGGAAGAUUGGGUGGGAAGUUACUAUUAGAAACAAAGAAGCGUAAUUGGCUUUAUUUGAUCGGUGCGUCUCCUUGUAGACAUUUUCUAUAUUUCUACUUUCAUAAUUGUGAGUAUCUCAGUUCCAGAUCGGGUAAAUUUAGUCAGGAUGAUUUUUAGUUUAAGUCA